GUUCAGUUUGAUUUCGAGCUUCAGAACCAUUAAAACCAAAAACCAUAAAACCAUAAACCCAUAAACCACCAAGGCUGGCUGGUCUUUGUAUCCACUACAACUACCUUUCCUCUCUCUCACCGAUACUUCUCUCUACAACUCUUACCAACUUCCUUCCUCUUUUGCGGUUUGACCUGGAGUCGACAACUUCCUCCUCAUAGAGUCAUAGCUAAUCCGUCUAGUCUUUUUUGACCAUUGCCCUGUGUUUGGACACUUGAAUAUAUUCCAGGUUCCUAUCAAAGAGAGUGCGAAAUCUAUACUAGUCACCAUGGAUGAGAUCGCGAAAGAGUACGAUGUCAUUGUCUUGGGCACCGGCCUGACCGAGUGUAUUCUCUCUGGCGUGCUGAGUGUAAAAGGCAAGAAGGUGUUGCAUAUUGAUCGCAAUGAUCACUAUGGAGGAGAGGCUGCAUCGGUGAACCUCGAGACGCUAUUCAAGAAGUAUGGCAACUUCACAAAAGGAGAGGAGCCGUGGAAGAAAUACGGUCGAGCCAACGACUGGAACAUCGACUUGGUCCCCAAGCUUCUGAUGUCCUCCGGCGAGCUGACCAACAUUCUCGUUUCUACCGACGUUACCCGCUAUCUUGAAUUCAAGCAGGUCGCUGGCAGUUUCGUUCAGCAAGGUGCUGAAACCAAGGCUACUAUUGCCAAGGUUCCCUCCGACGCUGCUGAGGCCCUACGUUCCCCCCUCAUGGGCAUCUUCGAAAAGCGACGAAUGAAGAGCUUCAUAGAAUGGGUCGGCACCUUCGAUGUCAACGACUCCGCUACACACAAGGGUCUUGACAUGAGCUCUUGCACGAUGAAGGAAGUUUACGACAAGUUCGGUCUCGAGCCUGGCACUCGGGACUUCGUCGGCCAUGCCAUGGCCCUUUACCUCUCCGACGGCUACCUGGAUGAUGCUGGCAAGGCCCCCGAGACCAUUGAGCGUAUUAGGAUGUACGGUAACUCGGUCGCACGGUAUGGCAAGUCGCCUUACAUCUACCCCCUAUACGGUCUCGGCGAGCUGCCCCAGGGCUUUGCCCGUCUGUCUGCCAUUUAUGGCGGCACGUACAUGCUCAACGCCAAGGUAGACGAGAUGGUGUACGAGAACGGCAGGGCGAGUGGUAUCAAGGCCACCAUGACUGGUAUCGAGCCCGAGAUGAAGUUCGAGACCAAGGCUGGCAUGGUUCUAGGCGACCCAUCAUACUUCCCUGAGAAGGUAAAGGUUGUUGGUCACGUCCUGAAGGCCAUUUGCGUCCUGAAGCACCCCUUGGCCGGCACCAACGACUGCGACUCUUGCCAGUUGAUUAUCCCGCAAUCCCAAGUUGGCCGCAAGAACGAUAUCUACGUUGCAUGUGUCUCCUCAGCGCACAAUGUGUGCCCCAAGGGCUACUACAUUGCAAUUGUGUCUACUAUUGCUGAGACGACGGCCAACCACCAUUUGGAGCUGCAACCUGGUUUGGACCGCCUUGGCCAGAUUGAGGAGCAAUUCAUGGGCCCACCUAUCCCACUUUACGAGCCUCUGGAGGAUGGAAGAAAGGACAACAUCUUCAUCUCCAAGAGCUACGACGCCACAUCGCACUUCGAGACUACUACCGAUGACGUUAAGGACAUCUACGCGCGCGCCACUGGCGAGGAGCUUAAGGUGGAGGGUCUCCGGGAGGGUCUCCAAGUUGCUGAAGAGUAAUCUCAGCUGUUGCGGAAGUGACGAUCACGAGCAAGCUUCGAUAAUAAGGAACAACAAGAAGCCGAAGCGAGAGAGAAAACUGCCGUAUCGUCGUUAAAUUAAAUGCCGUAAUUCAUCGAGAGUCUUGAGUGAAACCAAAGCGCACCGACCAGAUGAAGUUUUACAUGGGCAUAGGGGGAGCUAGAUAUAAAUGUAGCUCGUUUGUUUCGAGGCAGAUAGUGUUGAUAGAAGUACAACUUCGCGGGGUCUGUUUGCGGUCUGAUUUGAACUCAUUUUUGUGUGCUCGAGCAAUUCUAGGUAUAUAUUCUCAGCCUGAAGAGACAAGUAGAUGCUUUAGGGUUAUCGUAACUAUCUACCUGGAUAUCUAAUUCAACGUGUAUACCAAC